AUGGGAAACCGAGACCUGACACCGGUCCAUGUGCCACUGCGAACUUCCAGUCGUACACCGGUACGACAUGACCCGAUGGAGAAACAGGGGGAUCUCGGACUCGCAGACCGGAGAGCUUCGAAAGCCCAAAGGUUCUUCGGAACCGACAUAUCACUUCCCAAAGAGCAUGGCGGGUGGCAGGAGGCUCCGAAUGUAGCCCGGCCGAGCUUCAUCAAACCCUCAACUAGUGCACCAAAACAGAACAGCGGUUUUGUCCCGUUCCCGAGCUCUUCAGACAAUGCCCUGAUUCCGGAACAAAACCUCCGCGUGCGAGCUUCAUCGCCUCUACUAUGCCAGCAUUUCCAACCACAGGACAUUGUGCCACCGCUUCCAAAGUCAUCGAGAAAAGUUCACCAUUCCGGUUCUUCGUCGGCCUUAUUUUCAUAUUUCAGCUCUAAAGAAUCGUCCAAGUCACCCAAGAACCAAGGCUUACAACCCAGAGUACGAAACGGACUCAGCAUUGAUCCUCAGGUGACAUACACCCAUGCUCCAGAUCUACCAAAGGAAUCUAAGCGAAAGAACCGUCCUUCGAGAAUUGAUCUCUCCGUCUUGUUUCCAAAGCCGCGGAAUCCCCAACAACAAACACUGUUGUCCCCACACCGUAUGGUUGAUUCGCCUUCUCCCGUCUCCACAGUGGUGCCAGAAGGUUCCCCCGACAAGACUGAGAGGACGACUGGCGCAAACAAAUCUUCCACAAAAGGAUACAUUGAUGUACCUCUUCGUCGAUCAUCCGUUCCUAAAAAUCAUCUUUCGAAACAUGGCGAUGAUUCGGAUCUGCCUUCAAUUACAGAGACCGAGAACAGCGAGUGGCUCGAACCAUCAUUCGAGCGGACUGUAGGAACGAGCGAAAUCGAUUUAGCCCUGGAUAGAUAUGCGGCGCGGCGCCCGAACGACAAUGCCCGCAAGAACCUCGCAAAAGUUCAAGACGUACUCAAAGCCCCUCAGCCCAGCCAGAACGGCAACGCUCCCAAGAAGCUCGGAAAAGUUCAAGACGUGCUCAAAGCCCCACAUCUCAGCCAGAACGGCAACACACUCAAGAAGUUCGGAAAAGUUCAAGACGUGCUCAAAGCCCCUCAUCUCAGCCAGAACGGCAACGCUCCCAAGAAGCUCGGAAAAGUUCAAGACGUGCCCAAAGCCCCACAUCUCAGCCAGAACGGCAACACACUCAAGAAGUUCGGAAAGGUUCAAGACGUGCUUCCAGUUCAUCUCAGCCGAAGGAGAGAGGAUGAGGACGAGGACGAGGACGAGGAACAAACCCCAACCACCGAGCCAAAGCGCAACGGGCACAAGCUCAGAGACAGUGUGGAUAUCUACGGCGAAUAUGAGCCCGAGGUCUACACAGCUUCCACUGCCCGCGCCGCCAGCGCCACGGCAGUAAGGCGCUUUGAGCGGGCACAUUCAACUAGCAGUCGUGGCUCCCACCAAACCGAACAGAGUCUACCAAUGCCUGUUCCAGUGCCUCGCCCACGAAAGGUUUCUCAGUCCUCGAGUGGCAAGUCUUCUCAGACAACUCGACGAACCACGCAGACUCCCCGCUCAAGUGGGGUUCCCACCAUCCCUGAUGAACUUCUCGCGCAAUUCCCACAGCAGCCUUCCCGCACUCCCGCAGAGCUGAAGGAAUUGAACCGUAGAAGUCGUGUGAUUGCGGUAACCCGACAAGAGCAGGAUCUCCUUGAGGCGAUGCGAAUUCGAAAGGGCAAGGUCACACCUAGUCUGUUCAAUGUUGCUGGAGCAGACACAAGAUCACUAGCCUCCGGCCUAUCACGGGAUUCCUUCUGCGGAACCGAUACCUCCUUCCUGCGUCUCAGCAAUGUCUUCCCGCCUUUUGACGGCCGGUCCGAAAAGAGUGCUACGCACUACAAAGAUGGUUCGCUAUCUCAAAGUUCGGGGUCUGAUAGUGGACGCAAACCUAGUACCGCACUCUCCUCCCCUGGCUUCAGUGCCGACUACUCUGAGAGCUUGCCCUCUCCUUCCACCAGCGGUGCUUCGCCACUGACACCCACAUUGCCAAUUCAUCGGUUCUCACCGCUGCCCUCCCCGAAGCCACCCCCACGCGGACCCCCGCCUGCCAUUCCCGAUGACCAGAAGCAGCAUACCCGCCGCCGCACUGAUAGCAGUGAAGCUAUCCUGUUGCACGACAGACGCGAUUCUAAAGGCGACCAUGGUCUUCCUGUCUGGUCUUUCGACUUUGACUGGAACCAGGAGCGCGCCAACAUCGCUACUGUGCACUAA